AUGUCCGACGCCACGACGACGGGCGUCGCAACCGCGUCGACCAGGAAGCGCAAGUCGGCAAGCAAAGCCGUCGCGGAAACUCAGCAGGCGCUGCAGAAUAAACUCCACGAGCAGCAGCAGGAGCAGGAGCGGGAUCUGCCGUCUGGACCGCCCGAGACGCGCGCGCGCAGCAAUGGCAGCAGACCGACGCACAAGUAUCGCCAUGUCGAAGCGACGCACUCGCUGGUUCGCCCGUCGUGCCUGAGCCACGAUUCCAAUGUGUCGCCUAGCUUUCUGGGGUUUCGCAAUCUCAUGGUCAUUGUCCUAGUGGUUGGCAAUUUACGAUUAAUGAUUGAAAAUAUACAAAAGUACGGCGUCCUCAUCUGCCUCAAAUGCCACGACUUUCGCCGCCAUGAUGUCCUCGUCGGACUCGGCCUCUUCUGCCUCAUCCCAUGCCAUCUCUUCAUUGCCUACCUCAUCGAGCUCGCCGCCGCGCGGCAGGCCAUCCGCUCGCGCAAGCGCAUGGUCGAAGGCGCGACUGGCCCCUCGGAGCGCGACCGCCGCAAGUUCACCAACAUCUGGAUCGUCGUCGCCUGGACGCACAUGGUCAACAUCACGCUCGCCCUCGUCCUCACCACCUUUGUCGUCUACUUUCAUGUGUACCACCCCUUCAUGGGCACCAUGGCCGAAACGCACGCCCUCAUCGUCUGGCUCAAGACCACCUCGUACGCCUUUACCAACCGCGACCUGCGCCACGCCUACCUGCACCCCGUCAAGGGCGAGUCGGUGCCCGAGCUCUACAAGGCGUGUCCCUACCCGGACAAUAUCACUCUCAACAACCUGACGUACUUUUGGUGGGCGCCUACCCUCGUCUACCAGCCCGUGUACCCGCGCACCGAAAAGAUUCGCUGGAUCUACGUCGCCAAGCGCCUCGGCGAGGUCUUUUGCCUGUCCGUCUUCAUCUGGUUCGCCAGCGCCCAGUACGCGGCGCCUGUGCUGCGCAACUCGCUCGACAAGAUUGCCUCGCUCGACUUCUUCUCCAUCCUCGAGCGCCUUCUCAAGCUGUCCACCAUUUCGCUUGUCAUCUGGCUGGCCGGCUUCUUUGCCAUUUUUCAGUCCUUCCUCAACGCCCUGGCCGAGGUGACGCGCUUCGGUGACCGCUUCUUCUACGACGACUGGUGGAACAGCGAGAGUCUGGGGUCUUACUGGCGCACCUGGAACCGACCCGUUUACACCUACUUUAAGCGCCACGUCUACAUGCCGCUCAUCGGCCGCGGCUGGAAGCCCUCGACGGCCAGUUUCGCCGUCUUCUUUGUCUCGGCCGUCCUGCAUGAGGUGCUCGUCGGCGUCCCCACGCACAACAUCAUUGGCGUCGCCUUUUUCGGCAUGUUUCUGCAGCUGCCGCUCAUUGCGCUGACGGCGCCGCUGGAAAAGAUGAAGAUGGGUAAUGGCGGCAAAGUCCUCGGCAACGCCAUCUUUUGGGUCUCGUUUACCAUUUUCGGCCAGCCCUUUGCCGCACUCAUGUACUUUUAUGCCUGGCAGGCCAAGUACGGAAGUGUCAGCCGCCAGCCCAUGCCCUCUGGGACAAGCUGA